GAGAGCAGCCGUCGCAGAGCCGCUAGAGCCGGGGCUCCGCACAGCAGCCGCAGCAGAGGAGAAGGCUGAGCUCCUGAAGGGCAUCAGAUGAGAGCAGCAGAGGAGAAGAGCUGAGCCCGAUCUGCUUCUCUCUCUGCAUCUCCCCCCCACUCCUUCCAUCCAUCCUCCCAGCAUGGAGAGCAAACUCAACUCCUCCAGCAACAGCCGGGAUGAGGGCAAUAACGUCUUCCCGGGAAAAGCGGAGAAAAGUCUGACGGCCAGCAGCGCCAGCGUCAAGGAGCAUGGCAACUCGGUGUGCUUCAAGGGGGACGGAGAGGAGCCCGGCGUCGGCUUCGAGGAUGCCGAGGGACCCGGCCGGCCGUACGGCUUCAUGCAGAGACAGUUCAGCUCUCUGCUCCAGCCCGGGGUCAACAAAUUCUCCCUCCGCAUGUUCGGGAGCCAGAAGGCGGUGGAGAAGGAGCAGGAGAGGGUCAAGACGGCCGGAGUCUGGAUCAUACACCCCUAUAGUGACUUCAGGUUUUACUGGGACCUGAUAAUGCUGAUUAUGAUGGUGGGGAACCUUGUCAUUAUACCGGUCGGAAUAACCUUCUUCACAGAGCAGACGACCACACCGUGGAUUAUAUUCAACGUGGCGUCCGACACUGUUUUUUUAUUUGACUUGUUCAUGAAUUUUAGAACUGGGAUUGUCAUUGAAGACAAUUCGGAGAUCAUACUAGACCCAAAAGUCAUAAAGAUGAGUUAUUUAAAGAGCUGGUUUGUUGUUGACUUCAUCUCAUCCAUCCCAGUGGAUUAUAUCUUUCUCAUUGUCGAGAAAGGCAUGGAUUCGGAAGUGUACAAGACUGCCAGAGCUCUCCGCAUUGUGAGAUUUACAAAAAUCCUCAGUUUGUUGCGCCUACUGCGAUUAUCAAGGUUAAUCCGAUACAUUCAUCAGUGGGAAGAGAUUUUCCACAUGACCUAUGACCUUGCCAGUGCUGUGGUUAGAAUAUUUAACCUCAUAGGAAUGAUGCUUCUCCUCUGCCACUGGGACGGCUGCCUGCAAUUCCUGGUACCAUUGCUUCAGGAGUUUCCUAGUGAUUGUUGGGUAUCCUUAAAUAAUAUGGUUAAUGAUUCCUGGGGAAAACAAUAUUCAUAUGCACUCUUCAAAGCUAUGAGUCAUAUGCUAUGCAUUGGUUAUGGGGCGCGGGCUCCAGUUAGCAUGUCGGACCUCUGGAUAACUAUGCUCAGUAUGAUUGUUGGCGCUACAUGCUAUGCUAUGUUUGUUGGCCACGCAACAGCCUUAAUUCAGUCUUUAGAUUCUUCACGUCGACAGUAUCAAGAAAAGUACAAACAAGUGGAGCAGUACAUGUCAUUUCACAAAUUGCCUUCCGAUAUGCGGCAGAAGAUACAUGAUUAUUACGAGCACAGGUACCAAGGAAAGAUCUUUGAUGAGGACAAUAUUCUGAGUGAGCUCAAUGAUCCACUGAGGGAGGAAAUAGUGAAUUUUAACUGUCGGAAACUGGUGGCCACAAUGCCUCUGUUUGCUAAUGCGGACCCGAAUUUUGUCACCGCCAUGCUGAGCAAACUAAAGUUUGAGGUUUUUCAGCCUGGAGAUUAUAUCAUCCGUGAAGGGGCUGUUGGGAAGAAAAUGUAUUUUAUUCAACAUGGUGUAGCAGGCGUCAUUACCAGAUCCAGUCGAGAGAUGAAACUGACAGAUGGCUCUUAUUUUGGAGAAAUAUGCCUUUUGACAAAGGGUCGUCGAACAGCUAGUGUACGAGCUGAGACUUAUUGCCGCCUCUACUCCCUUUCCGUGGAGAAUUUUAAUGAAGUUCUAGAAGAAUAUCCAAUGAUGAGAAGAGCCUUUGAAACUGUUGCCAUUGACAGACUAGACAGGAUAGGGAAGAAGAACUCUAUUCUCCAGCAACGGUUUCAAAAGGACCUCAACACAGGAGUAUUCAACAACCAGGAGAGCGAGAUACUGAAUCAGAUCGUGAAACAAGACAGGGAGAUGAUAGAGGGAGCUCCCUCAGUUAGCUACCAGCAACAUCCAGCUUUGAAUUCUAGUACCAGCUCAUCACUGAGAAUGAGGACCCAAUCUCCCCCUGUUUAUACUGCUAACAGUCUGUCUCAUGGGAAUCUACAAUCUCCCACACCAAGUCCGCAGACACCACAACAAGCGGCUAUGUUUUCACCAUCUUUCUCAACGGCUGCCUGUAGUCCUUCAGUACAAAGUCCACUGGCAGGCCGAACAUUUCAAUACAGUUCCCCCACCGCUUCACAACUUUCAUUAAUACAGCAUCAGCAGCAGCAACAACAACACCAACAGCAUCAGCGGCAAUCAAUAUCCGGUUCAACAUCUGUCAAUGAAGCUCACAAGAGCACUCAAGCUCUACCAAACUCUAACCUAACAAGAGAAGUGAGGCCUCUCUCCGCUUCGCAGCCUUCUUUGCCCCAUGAGAUCUCUCCUCUAGUGACUAAGCCACACCAAACCGUAGGGGAGUCAUUAGCUUCUCUACCACAACCAGUCUCAAAUGUGCAGCCUUCAGGUGCUCAGUCUGGGAGCCGGAGCAAUGUCCCUCCCCGGGUGGCCCUGUUUCGACAGAUGUCUUCAGGAGCUUUACCUCCUGCGAGGGCUGGGGCACCAGCCCAACCAUCCACAUCAGCCCCAGCUCCCAGCAAGGAUUCUACCACAGGACCAACCACAGAUACAGACACAGACAAACCACGUUAUGCUUCAAAUUUAUGAUGCCUCUUAUCUGUACAUAAAGACAACUCUGAAUUAAACUGAAAACAUCCCAAAAAAAACAGUUUUAAUCUCUAGAAUUCUAAUAUCUAUUAUGAAGAAAUAAUUUAGAUGGCUCAACCGUACAUAAAGAAUGUAAAGAAAAAAAAAGAAAAAAAUAUAUAUAAACUGAUUAGCACUAAAACUACUAUGAAUAUACAUUCAUAUACAUAUAUGUGUCUUCCUUUAUUUUAAACAUUAAAAACAUUUUUUUGUAA